AUGGUGGCAGAGCACCAGCAAGGAGACACUCUGGUGCACGCUGAUGCCUCCAUGACAGAGCGUGCCUCCAUGCCUUUGCUUGGGACGGAUUGCCUUAGCAGCUUCCCUCCAUACACGCGGACGGAGACACGACCUUCCUCCCUUCUAGUGUACGGAGACACACUUAUGUCUCUGUGCAUGUGCACGAGAACGGAGGCACGUCGUGCCUCCGUUCUCGUGUACGGAGGCAUGGUGCUGGUGUACGAAACACCAUACCUCUGUGCACGCGGACGGAGGCAUGACGUGUCUCUGUCUCGUGUACGGAGGCAUGGUACUGGUGCACGGCACCAGCGUGCCUCCGUUCUCGUGAGGCACAUCGGUUUCAUUUGUUAUCCACUCCGUACUCUCUCAACUUUCCCCACUCUCGAUUUGCUUAGCACCUCUUCUUCUCCACAGCUCGCAGAGAUGAAUGUGGAAAAGCUAAAGAAGAUGGCUGGUUCUGUCCGAACCGGGGGGAAGGGUACCAUGAGAAGAAAGAAGAAGGCUGUUCAUAAGACAACGACGACAGAUGAUAAAAGACUUCAAAGCACCCUGAAAAGAAUAGGGGUGAAUGCUAUACCAGCAAUUGAGGAGGUCAAUAUUUUCAAGGAGGAUGUAGUAAUCCAGUUCACUAACCCUAAAGUUCAAGCAUCUAUUGCUGCCAACACUUGGGUUGUUAGUGGUUCUCCUCAGACCAAGAAAUUGCAAGAUGUCCUUCCUCAAAUCAUUCACCAAUUAGGUCCAGAUAACUUGGAGAAUUUGAAGAAAUUGGCAGAGCAGUUCCAGAAGCAGGUGCCUGCUGCAGCUCAAGAACAAGAUGAUGAUGAUGAUGUACCCGACCUUGUUGCUGGCGAGACCUUUGAGGCUGCUGCAGAGGAGGGUCACGAUCACGAUCACGAUCAUCAUGGUCAUGAUCACGGUCACGAUCACCAUGGUCACGAUCACCAUGGUCAUGAUCACAGUCAUGCUUCUUAA